AUGACAGAUUUACAAUCCCUUCACGAAGAUCAUCAAUCCCGGGUUGUUCGAAUUCAAAGGGACAUGGAAAGCAUUAUACCAUCGAGCGAAAAAUUAGAUUUAGACUUGAGGAACACGAAGAACCGGUACAUGUAUUUUCAAGAACUCAGGUUAUUCGUUGAGAACCUGGUCGAAUUUCUCGACGUUAAGUUUCCCAUCCUUGAGAAGUUGGAAAGUGAUUUCCAAAACCUACUAAUCGAAAAGUCGGAAUUUUAUAUGAAGAGAAUCGCAGAUGAUGAUUCAGAUGAUUCUACGUUGUUUUGCAAUGUACACUUAGGCGCUGAUGACGGCGGGACACAAAAUGUGGAUGAAUUCGGACGCGCAAUUUCGGCAAGUUCACUGGCUAACGAUGUCAUUCGUCAGAAUCGCAGACAGCAACGUGAUCGAAGAAGGACGUUAAGGUUACAAAACCGGAUGAAAAUUAUAGAUGAAGAAGAAGGAUUCUCAACGGAUGAUGAGCUAGGAGAGGCUGAUAUGAAAGAGUUUUUAUCCAAAUUAGAUGAAAUCUCUUAUUACCGUACAAGGUUAUUCGAAAAUGUUGUCGAUGAAUUUAAAUCUAUGACUUUGGUAAAAUCGAAAUUUGACAGAUGGAAAAGAGAAUUCUACGAAGAUUAUUCUAAGGCGUACGGUGAACUGAGUUUACCCGACGUGUUCGAAUUCUAUGUCAGACAUGAAAUGUUAUUGUGGGAAUCCUUCGAGGGACACUCUAAUUUCAAUGACAUGGAAUGGUUUCGAAUUCUGAGCGGAUUUGACGAUGUGAACUCUGGUGAAAUGCGUACAGAAACAGACGAUGGAAAGCUUAUGAAUAAAAUUGUUGAGAAGAUUGUUUUACCAAGAGACUUUGCAUCAGCGAUCUCCAAACGACUGAACAACGUGAUCGCCUCAAUCGAACGGGUACCUGAAGAAUUUUGCUUUAAAAUCUCUGAAAUAAGUUUAGAUGUUUUGAGGGCGCGGGAUAGGUAUUUUUGGCGCAAAUAUAAGUUGUUACACAACCUAAUACUGUGGAAAGGUCACUUAUCGGAAGAUGUCCUUCGCCCACUUGCCAUCGAACAUUUGAUCGAUCGUUGUUUGUUGCGGGUUUUAAUUUCUUCGCCAACGGACGCCUCAAAAUUUGAAAAGUUGCUGAAUAUUACUCCAAGCGAGUGGCUCUCUUCUUCGAUGUUAGAGAGAAUCGCGCGUGGAGCCGCUGGAAUAUGA